AUGAAUGCAGGGGCAGUUUUAAUUUUAAACUUGAAAACUAUCAUUGCUGGUGUGAUCUGUUUUGAGAAAUUUAGGGAAGGUAAUGUAGAUUUUUGUUCGUGCGAUCCAGCGAUUGAGGACAGGAGCUGGUCCACGUUCUCGUUUCUAGAGGCCCUCAUGUUGUGUUCAAUGAGAUGUUCACAAACAGCCAGCUGUGUGGCUUACAACUUCAUCAAUGCCACCAAUCAGUGCCAACUCUUCAAUCAAACAUUGAACAAGUUCUCUGUACUGCCCGGCUGCCAAUAUUACUAUAGAAAAGUUGUGAAUGAUUCAGAUUUGUCUGCAAUUGGUGAAAAUCUGACAGUUGAAGCGGACGAUUAUCUUCAAGAAUUUUACAUCAAUGGCAUAAACGUCAUGUCUCCAUCGAGGUUUCCACAUGCAAAAGAAUGGAACACAGCAGACAUGUACAAUCUGAAAGGCGACUUGUUUGUCAUCGCCGUCAGAGCAUGGAACACCAUUGCUUUUGGAGGUGUGACAAUUAGCACAGCAGACAACUACAUCGUGACCAACAGCACUUGGAAAUGUCGCAAAGACCUUACAGAUGGCUGGUAUAAAAUCAACUACAAUGAUUCAUUCUGGACUGAUGCUCUGGAAGGUUUAAACACUUAUUACCCGACAUCGAGUCCCCUUGCAAGGUACAAAUGGAUUUUUGGACCACAGGCGUGCGAACACUGCGAUAUCUACUGCAGAAGAAGUUUCAUAAAAAAAGACCGUCUUUGUUUGGAAAAGCAUUUCUGGGAAAUUGUUUUAGCUUAG